AUGAGGAAAUUCACCAGUUAUUCAAUUACACAAAAUAGACCCAUACCGACGGUAGCUUCCACAGUUUAUAAUAGAAAGGCGUUAGAUACCAAUUCAAACAUUCCAUUGAUUAAUACACUGAAUAAUUUAACAUAUCUGAUAUCAAACUCUUCCAAAAUUCGUGAAACUGUUGCAAAUGACGGUGCAUUAGAGCGAUUAGUUGCUAUUUUGCAUGAUUGCCAUUUAAAUCUUCAUGAAUCGUUGGAUAUUGACACACGAGCAAUAAGUUCGCAUAAACGUGAGCAACAAUUAUUCUCACAGAAAAAGAUAGCAUUAAACGCAUGGAAAUGGACUCUGGCAUUUCAAUGUCUAGUAUUGACUGGCACAAGAGGUACAGAGGCUAUAAGAGCCCAAGUUGUGUCAUCGGGAAUCCUCCCAAUAUUAGCUACUAUUUUGGAUAACUUCUUGAUUUAUCACGGUAACUACGAUUUCUUCACCGAUUCAUAUUAUAAAUAUGGAUUUCAAUCUCUAACGUUAAAGACAGGAUUCGAAAUGUUCAGGAAACAUGAUGAGGACUAUAUGGCAUACCUGGCGUUUCUUUUGGGUAAUGAUUCAUUAAGUCUGUCAGAUGACGUUUCCUUCAAGAAUGAGGAUUUUUUCAAGCCUGCUAUGAUGGUUCCAUCCAAUUAUGAAAUGAUUUGGAAAAGAUACGCUAAAUAUCAUGGGUCAGCCAAGAACCCAAGACCAACAGACGGUACUUACAAUAGUGAUGAUGAUACAUGUUUUUCCGAAGAUAUUACUGAUCCAGUAAAGAUUAAAUCUCCUCGAGAAUUUUAUCUUGGAAAAUUAAUCCCUCAUCAAGACGACGUAGUGUGGUCCUUACAAUUACUAGCGUUCAUUUCCAAAUACACUUAUAUGAAAAAACAGCUCCAAAAAGUUGAAUUGGUAAAAUCACUAUCUUUCAGGCCAAUAUUAACCAGAAUAGAGAAUAGAGUGAAUGAAACGCCAAAUGAAUCGAAACCUAAAUUAGAAAAUUAUUUGGCUACAAAUAAGAGACCGAAAUUGAAUACAGAACCAAAGGCUAAAGUAACUACCGAGGAUCCGUUCAUGGUUGAGUUACAAAGUGUGGCAUCAAAAUGUCGUAAUAUGACCGAAAAGCAUAAAACAAGUCGAAGGUGUUCUAUUCAAGAUCCAUUUCAGAAUUUCAACAUUAUAAGCUAUGAAUUAGCCGAAUCAGAGCUAAAGAGUAAGCAGGAGAUAAAUUAUGAAAACUAUAAGAAAUACUACCAAUAUAAGAAUUUUGUUAAAGAAUUGGAUGAUAGAACCUGGAAUAAUAUAACGUCGAAGAAAAAUUUGAAUAUCUUUCCCCUAGUUGAAAAAUUCACUUACCCCAAGUAUAAUAUUAAUGAUAUAAUGUAUUGGAGUUCAGUAAUAAUGAGAAACUCCUGUAGAAAGGACGAAUUUACAGGUGUUCGUCAAUGUGCUAAUUUUUCCUGUGGUAAAUGGGAAGAGUAUCCUAGACAAUUUGCGAAAUGUCGCCGUUGUAAAAGGACAAAAUAUUGCUCUAGAAAAUGCCAAUUAGAAUCGUGGCAAUUUCAUAGGUACUGGUGCCACGAAGUUACUUCAAGCACAAGGACAUCAAUUACAGGCACCGAAACAAAUACACCAAAUAAUGCAAGAAAUGUAGACAUAGAACCGACGAUGGGAUUGUCUACCACUGAUGAAACUGUAGAUGAAGGACCUCCGAUGGAUUCGGGUCCAUUCUCUGACAUGCCACAUAAUAUGCCAAACGAAAGCACGGAAACAAAUUUAAUCAAUGAGGAUGUAGAUUCUAAUACAGCGAAUACACCUGAGCCACAAAUCCUUCAAGAAAUAAGAGAUAUAACUGAUAGACUUAACACGGUUCUUGAUGUAUCUCCGGAAAUGACUAUUUCAAAUACCAAUACUGCAUUCAGUCAAAGAGAUUCUGACAAUCCUAACCUAUUGUCCGACUUAACAGAUGAUAGAAGUGCAUGA